AUGGGGACUCCGAAGACGGCUUUACCUCGUGUAUACCAGACAAACAGUCUAGGUCUAGCCUCCUGCAGUCCCAUUCAACACUUGCUUCUUCCUGGCCUUGGUGGAUUGCAAUCUCCCCUUACUUCCGCUUCUGUGAUCAGUGUUGCUGGCUCUAAUUUAGGUGCCGGAGGUUCUGGAGGCAUUGGUCUCGGACAUCUAGAUACAACUGGACUACUAACACGAAGGCUUACCGGCCAAUCGCCUUCCUCUUCCGCUACCGCCACUGGCAAUUCUGGUACAGGAGAAUCCGAAGAGCCUUGUGGUCCUACUGAAAAUGAAAUUCGUUCAAGCUUUGAGGAUUCAGCAGGAAUUGUGAACCAUGAACCAGGUGGAACAGCUAUACCUCUGGGUCGAAUGGUCGAUUCUUGUGCAUCAUCUAAUGGAGUUGGCGGAGGUGGUGGCUUCGCUGAGUUGAUCGACUUGUCCGGACUUACGUCAGCUUUGUCCGGUCUGCAUCUAUGCCUCUCGGUACCAGCCUGCAAGGCCGUCAUUCUAGAAUUGCUCAGGUGCAAAUCCUAUGCGCGAUUUGAUUUAAUUUUACAGCACAUUUUGAUUAUUUUAUAA